AUGGAGAAGAAGGCAACGACGACGCCGGUAAAACCACCAGGGCUGGGAGCCCUGGUCGAGGUGGGGGAGCACAACUAUGAGGUCCUGGAGGGGUUGUUAGAAGGAAAGACCCCUGAGGACGUAGACUAUGUGACAUUAACAAGUACAUUGCGUAGGUCAGUGGAGACUAGGCAGAAGUUGUUAGAAAAUGAAGAGCUAUCGGCGAGAGAAGCAUUUGAACACGCGGAAGCAUUCGAGAGGGUAGUAACAAACGCGCCUAGUAUAGGGCGUAGGAAUGAAAUGGCGUUGGGCACAGCAGAAGUAAGUAAGGAACGGAGAAAUUUAAGACUAAGCCAGAAGGACCAGCAAAGGGGUAAAUGGGAAAGAGAUAAGAGAGAUGCCAGCAGACUUAGGCUUGAGAAUAGGACUCGGAUGUUUGGUAAACCAGAUAAGCGAUUGGGAGUAAGAGGCCAAGGAAGGGUGGAGACCAGGCAGCGUAAGUGUUUUGUGUGUGGGAAGGUAGGACAUAAGCAUAACCAUCACAAGUUGAUUCACAAUUUUUAUCAACAAACAAUUAAAAACUAA